AUGGCGACUGAGUAUCAUCCUGAUGCGGUGGCCGUCAAGGAGGAGGGAGACGUGGUCAAAUUCGCUGAGGUGAUUGCAGCGGCCUUCUCCAACGACGCGAUCAACCGAUUCAUCUUCCUGGGCCGCGAGUCAAGGCCGGAUCACCCGAAGUUGAGGGAUCCGGGGCUUCGCGUGCAGUAUUGGCUGCCGCUCAUUAGAAGUCGGCUGGAGGGAGGAGGGAUUCUGCUUCACACGUAUGACUGGGCAGGGGUGGCAUUGUGGCUUCCCCCAGGCGUGAAGAAGCCCCGGCUGAGUAUCGACCCCCUGCCGGAGGGCGCAGUUGAGUACCAGGCGAAGUUUGAUCAAGUCAAGAAGAAGUAUCUCGGCGACCGGCACUAUUGGUAUCUCAAUCUCAUCGGCCGGGCCCCGGGCAGGUCAGACAAAGGCGCCAUCAGGCAUCUCAUUGAGCCGUUCCUCAAAAAAGCUCAGGAGCAAGGCAUUCCUGCCUUCUUAGAGGCGACAAACGCUCGCGCGAGAGACGUCUACGCCCACUUGGGCUUUAAGGUACUGGAGGAAGUCCGCAUCGGAGAGGGCAUCGUCAAUGCUGAAGGUUGGGUACAGCCUGGUGGAGAGGGAGUGGCCCUUUGGGCCAUGGCUGCUGGUCUCUAG